UCAUUCAUUUCAAACACCAAGCAAACAGCAUUUCACUAAUUAGCCACAUUCGAUUGUUGAGAGUGCUAAUUACUUAACUCUUAGAAAUGGCUAAGUUUGCUAUAUCCUCCAUUGCCCUUCUUCUCACUUUGAACAUUCUUUUCUUCACUAUGGUUAGUUCCACUAAUGUCCCAUGCCCACCCACCCCAUCAAAGGGUCAUUCCAAACCCCACCCUAAGCCUACCCCUACCCCCUCUACCCCAUCUACCCCAUCCACCCCAUCAACCCCAUCAUCAAAGGGUAAGUGCCCAAAGGACACACUUAAGCUAAAAGUGUGUGCUAACUUAUUGAAUGACUUAGUGCACCUUGUUGUUGGAAGUGAUCCAGCCAAAACUCCAUGUUGUUCUCUAAUUCAUGGACUUGCUGAUCUUGAUGCUGCUGUUUGCCUUUGCACUGCAAUUAAAGCCAAUUUAUUGGGAAUUAACCUCAACGUACCUCUUUCCCUCAGUUUGUUGCUCAACAACUGUGGAAAAUAUGUUCCUAAGGAUUUCCAAUGCGCAUAACCUAGCUAGCCAAUAACUUCCAAUUCAUAUAUUUAUUUUUCAGUGUGUUUUAAUUUGGUGUUCUGUAUGCUUAUAGUUUGCUUAUAUUUUCAAAGGAAGAUAUAUUGUAUUCUUAUUGGUUAGAAGGAAGCCUAGUUGCAUGCCUUCUUUUCGUUGUAUUAUCACAUUUUCAUGAGUAAUAAAUGACGUAUUGUGGAGUUUAUAGUA